CUUAAGUCUAAAACGGCACCGAGAUGAGAGUGAUAGGUAUUCGGUAAAUGUAACACGUUUCAUUCAUUGUGUAUUAAGUAUUGUAGGAUAGAACCCAAUUGAAUUGAACUGAGCACUGAGGAAAAAUGAGAGGCCACGAUUUGAUAAACACCUUCCUCCCCGAUGAAUUGAUGGUCGAGAUUUUCGGCCACCUCGCCACCAAAUCCAGCCGCGACGCAUGCUCCCUCGUCUGCCGCCGCUGGCUUCGCCUUGAGCGCCUCUCCCGCUCCACCCUCCGAAUCGGUGCCUCCGCCUCCCCUGACAUCUUCCUCCACCUCCUCCCCUCCCGCUUCUCCAAUCUCCGCAACCUCCACAUCGACGAGCGUCUCUCCAUUCCCCUUCCCCUCUCUCUUCCUGUUCCCCCUAGAAGGCGCCCUCUCAAGGUUCAUUGUGUUGCCAACAACACCUCCUCCGCCGAGACCAAUCCCGAUUCGCUCUGUUUAUCCGAUGCCGGCUUGGCCGCUCUCGGCGAAGGCCUUCCUAGGCUCGAGCGCUUGAGCUUGAUCUGGUGCUCUAAUGUCUCUAGCGACGGUUUGAAAUCCCUUGCUUACAAAUGCACCUUCUUAAAAUCGUUGGACUUGCAGGGUUGUUUUAUUGGAGAUCAAGGUCUGGCUGCCAUUGGACAGUGUUGCAAGCAACUUGAAGACUUGAAUCUUCGAUUCUGCGAAGGCUUGACCGAUAGCGGUUUCACUGAAUUUGCAUUGGGUGUGGGGAAAUCCAUGAAAUCUCUUGGUGUGGCAGCUUGUGCCAAGAUAACUGAUGUCUCCAUGGAAGCUGUAGGAUCAUAUUGCAGAUCACUUGAGACGUUGACAUUGGAUUCCGAGUACAUACACGAUAAAGGGGUGCAUGCUGUGGCUCAAGGAUGUCCCCAUUUGAAAGUUCUAAAGCUGCAAUGUGUUAAUCUAACAGAUGAUGCUUUGAAGUCUGUAGGCGCUGCUUGUUUGUCCCUCGAGUUAUUGGCACUAUAUAGUUUUCAGAGAUUUACUGAUAAGGGCUUGCGUGCCAUUGGGAAAGGAUGUAAGAAGUUGAAGAAUUUGACUUUAAUUGAUUGUUAUUACCUAACUGACAAGGGUUUGGAAGCAAUUGCUACUGGCUGCAAGGAGCUUACACAUCUUGAAGUCAAUGGAUGCCAUAACAUUGGAACCAUUGGACUAGAAUCCAUUGGGAAAUCUUGCAAAUGUAACCAUGGUGUGGAUCUCUCAUAUGUAUAUGAAUCUUUCAAAAUGCACAGGCAUCUCACUGAGUUAGCAUUGCUUUACUGCCAAAGAAUUGGCAAUAUUGGCCUUCUUAAGGUUGGACAGGGUUGCAAAUUCUUGCAAGCCCUUCACUUGGUGGAUUGCUCGGGCAUUGGAGAUGAAGCCAUUUGUAGUAUUGCUAAGGGUUGCAGGAGUUUAAAGAAACUUCAUAUUCGUCGAUGUUAUGAGAUUGGGACUAAAGGAAUCAUUGCUGUUGGAGAGCAUUGUAAUUUGCUAACUGAUCUUAGCAUCCGAUUCUGUGAUAGGGUUGGGGAUGAGGCUCUUAUCGCAGUAUCUGAGGGUUGUAACCUUCAGUAUCUCAAUGUUAGUGGUUGCCACCUAGUUGGAGAUGCUGGAGUGAUAGCCAUUGCAAGGGGAUGCCCUCAACUCUGUUAUUUAGAUGUGAGCGUGCUGCCGAAGUUGGGUGAUAUGGCGAUGGUUGAGCUGGGAGAAAACUGUCCCUUGCUUAAAGAAAUAGUACUUUCACACUCCCGUCAAAUUACUGACGUUGGUCUAGCACAUCUUGUGAAAAGUUGCACGAUGCUGGAAUCAUGUCACAUGGUUUAUUGCUCUGGUAUAACAUCAGCUGGUGUAGCCACGGUUGUUUCUAGCUGUCCCAACAUAAAGAAGGUACUUGUUGAAAAGUGGAAGGUUAGCCAGCGGACCAAGCGACGCGCCGGCUCAGUCAUCGCCUACUUGUGUGUGGAUCUUUAGAGACCUUUGGUAUAUAUUUGCAUCUUUGGGAAUUUUUUUCAGUCUGAUAUAUUAAUAAAGCUGCUGGCAAGUUGCAGCCUGAAUUUAUUUAUAGUAUAAAAGGAGGCAAUACUAGGAUAUGCAUGGGCACAUAUGUUGUAAAUUAAGCAGCUCUUUGGUCCCUUACAGGAUAUGUAUCAAGAGUGUAGAAACCUUGGUAAGAGAAAUAAAUGUUAUUGAUACUUUGAUAGUAGCAUGAUUUAUGGUUAGAUACAUAUAAAGGGAUAUUAUGAGAUAUGAUCCUGAUGUUGCUGUAAUACAUAAUAGAAGAAUCUUGUCGAGCAAACUAAUGUUAGGGCACAAUUUGUUCGUUGUA